AUGUCGACUCCUGGUUUGAAACGGGCGCGCCAUCCACACCCUGUGGAUAGUGUCGCCACCACACGUGUCACAACCUUCGUACCUUACUACCUGGCAGAAGCGUUCCGUUACAAGUUGGCGCCACUACUACCGUGUGCCCGAGUGGUCUCGGGGGUAGACUCAAGUUCUACUGUGUUCGCACUCGUGGGUUCAAAUCCCACCGCUGACACGUAG